GCCGGAAGCAGCAGGUUGGUGGAGGACAGACAGACAGACAGACAGCAGAGAGGGAGCAGAUUAUCUCCCGGGGUUUAUCCACACUUCUCGGUCGCAGCUCGUCAGAUUUCUUUUGCCCAGGACGAAGAACAACAUGGCUUUAACCCAAGAAUCCAUAUUGUCUUUUUUACUGGAGCACGGAGGGAAGGUGAAGAACUCGGAGCUGGUGAACAAUUUCAGGAGUGAGAUCAACUGCAGUGAUCCCGCGGAAAAGCAGCACAAUAGAGACCUUUUCAAGAGGCUGGUGAACAGCGUGGCUGUGGUCAAACAGAUCGACGAGGUGAAGUUUGUGGUGGUGAAGAAAAGGUACCAGGACUUUGUCAAAGACGGAGCGCAUGAUGCGCACAAAACACAGAUGGUGGACACUUUCCACAGCCACAGCACGAGCGUUUCGUCCCCACACAGAGACGAGGCGGACAGCGUGAUUUAUUCAGAUAUUCAAAACAACAAUGUGGACUUUUCACAAAACAUAAACUAUAAUAACAGUUAUGGUGAUGCCAAACGUGUGUCUGUGGGGAAGGGAGGGGGCUCUUUUAGCACUGCUGUGGACACGAGCACUGUCAAAGUCCUGAACAUCUCUGCAGAUCAUGUGAGCAGAGCAGGGAAAUCUGGAGCUGUGUUUGCUGUCAUAGCAGUUAAAUCCCCAACGAGAGAAUGUGAUCCAGCAGCACGAGAUGGAUCACAUUUGCGUCAACAUAAAGCUUUGGAAAGUGAAGCUUGUGUGAUGCCAACUCUCACCUCUCCUGAUGCACUGAAUGACAACCAGUGCCGUAAAACGCCCAGACACACAGAGGACACCCACCCACCAGGGUUUUCACAGGUGAGGCCCCAAAGUAGGACCUUAAGACCAGCAGCAGAUGAUGCCAAGUACUCUGAGUCUGUGCCUUUGGAGCCAUUAGCUCAUGAGUGGUUGGUGAAGUGUGCUGCUGGACUGUGGGGACAAAUCCACGCUUUGCUGCUGCGGGACACACGGUUGGCACAAAAGAAGGACUUCAUGUCUGGCUUCACAGCACUACACUGGGCCGCCAAGGACGGCAACAGUGAGGUGAUACGUAAGCUGAUGGACGUCUCCAGGAGAAGAGGCACUGACCUCAACGUCAACAGCAAAACCCAUGGAGGGUACACGCCUUUACACAUCGCGGCCAUGCACGGACACACUGAGGUGAUGGUUUUGCUCGUGCAAAGGUAUGGGGCGAGUGUUAAUGAAAGGGACAACGCAGGCAAGAAGGCCUUCCACUACCUGGGUCAAGGUGUGUCAGCUGACACCAGAGCCCUUUUGGGGGGACUGCAGCAGAGCAGGUUCGGGGAGAAGACGGAGGAGGACGAUUACAGAGAUCACAGCAAAGGCUUCAACACUAUUAGUAAACUGUUCCAGCCUCACAUGGGGAGGAAACACAAGACAACAACAAAGUGUGCUCAUGACUGGUGAGAAUCAUCAAGCUGUGAGACGAACUGUUGAAGUUGUAAAAGAUAAUACUGCCUUCAUUUGUAUAGUUAUGUUAAUAAUUAACAUCUAUUGUUAAAUAAGCUGUUGCUCACUUUUCAAAUGUGUCUCUCACUUCUGGAUUAAAUAUU